AUGGUCAUGGCCCCGUUUUCUGCACUACUGACGGCUGAGCUGCCAAUAUUCAAGGCUGGCAACGUAUCUGCCGGGCUCAUCUGUCAUGCGUUUGGUCUCACUAUUCUCCCCUUCAUAUCGUACCACCUGCACAGGUUCAUGCGUCGGAGAAUUCUCAGUGACGAUGUUUCACACCACAAGGUGGACCAAGAUACAGCGCUGGUGGCAAGACAACUCGCUUUCAUUAACUUCAUGACAGUUAUGGCGGUUCUGCUCGUGUUAGCCUUCUCGAGCGAGUCGAUCCCCGGGCUGGAGAGACUGUUGGCACUGUUAGAUAUUGCGUUGACGGUGGCGUGGGCGUGCGUAUGCUGGAUCCCGCUGGAGCUGAACUCGCACUAUGCAUGCCAGGGGAGUGAUCAUGAUGUGAUGAUCACCAGCAAUAUAGGCUGCAGGCGAGCCAUGUGGACGCCGGGGCUGCAUACGAUAUUGGAGGUGGCCGAGUCAAACUGGUUGUUCAGCAACCCAUUCGAGGAAGAGAGUGACUUUACUCCUUCUCAACAACGCGUCCCCCGAGUUGAGGACGGCCGCCCCCUCUUCGUGGACGAAGCCAACGGCCACAUUCUCACCAAGGCCCAAUUGAGACGGGAUGCUUUAUCCCUGGCCUCCAGUCUCCAGUCGCUUCAUGGCUUAGACCCCCAUGAUCUUCAAUCAUUACCUCCUUCGCCCAAUUGCCAUCGACCAGAGGUCGCUCCAGUUGUUCUUAUCCAGCUGCCCAACUGUCUACCAUUUCCAUCCUUGCUGUUGGGAACAUUGGCGGCCAGCCUCACCGCAACCUUGGUUUCUCCCGCCUUAGCAAGCAGAGAGGUAGGAUGGAUCUUGCAAACAGCCCGGCCUCGGGUUAUCAUCACGUCUACAACAUGUCUUCCUGCCAUGGAAGCGGCCAUCCGUUCGCAGAAGGAUAGGUUGUUCUUUGAUAGCGUCACUGUAUACACUGUUGAUGUCGCUAGCGAGACAUAUCCUUCUCCAGUGCCCAUCGCAGAAAAGCAAGAGAAGGAGAAGGGCAAGGACAAGAACAAGGACAAGGACAAGAACAAGGACAAGGACAAGGAGACGAAGAACUCUUGGAGGAAGCUCCUAACGGCCUCGAGACAUCAUGUUUCCACACCUGGUCGGUUCGACCCGGCUACGCGGGCGGCGCUCAUCCUGUGGUCAUCUGGGACAUCUGGUCGCUCUAAAGGCGUGCUGUUGUCCCACCAGUCGCUGAAUUUCUCAGUCACCUCACUCUGGCAUGACGCCGACUUCUACUUGCGCAAACGCCAGCGAUGGCUGGGCUUUGUACCAUUCUUCCACGUCUACGGCCUUUUGAACCUUCUCCUUCUGGCCAUCCCUACCGGAUCAACGGUGUAUACUUUGCCGGCAUUCAAGCUCGAGACUGUGUUAGCCGCUAUUCCCCGUCUCCAGAUUACCUAUCUGGUUUUGGCACCACCGGUAGCAGUAGCAUUGGCCAAGUCACCCCUUGUUGAGCCCUACGCUAAGCGCGACAGCCGUGGCCGUAACCGGUUCUCCAGUGUUAUCGCCGGCGUUACAGGCGGUGCGCCAUUGGGUCACGAUAUCAUAGCCCAGGUAUUCACCCGACUCGGGUUCCGUAUUCGUAUGGGAUACGGCCUGACCGAGGCUGGUAAUGUGGCAUGCCAACCUGGUCUCAAUGAGAAAGACAUGCAAGCCCAACGGGAUGACAGUGGCCAGCCGCACUGGGGGGUUGAGGUUAUGAUUGCCACCCAUGUCCCCGGGGAGCGUGGGCUGGUCCCUGCUGAGAUUGGGGAGCCUGGCGAGGUUCUAACCCGAUCACCCGGCCUGAUGAUGACAUACAUGCCUGUCGGGGGGUUAUUUUCCACAGAACAGCUCAGCGGCCCCUCGCCCACAGCUGAAGCUCUGACACCACACGGUUGGCUUCGGACUGGCGAUGUCGGCACCAUCAACCUAGAUGGGAGUAUCCGCCUCACAGACCGGAUCAAGGAACUUAUCAAGGUCCGUGGGUUCCAGGUGCCACCAGCAGAGAUCGAGGCCGUUAUUUGUAGUAGCGAAGAGGUCGCAGAUGCCGGAGUGGCAGCUGUCUACGACGCAGAGAGAGCGACCGAAUGGCCGCGUGCGUUUGUUGUUGCUGCGGUUAAGGCACAAACGCACUCAGAGCUCAAAGCCCUUGCAUACCGGUUGCGCGAUCUUGUCGAAGCACAUACGGCGAGGUACAAGAGGCUGAGGGGAGGCAUAGUGUUUGUUGACCAGAUCCCCAAAUCGCCCAGUGGAAAGAUUCUUCGGCGGAUGAUGAAAGAAGGUCAAGUCACCGGCGUGGAGUUUCAGGUAUAUGAGCCAACCGGAGCACCAUCGAAGCUCUGA